AUGACUGGUCUGAUAAAGUUGAUGUCAACAACGAAGUUCACUAAUGGGCAGCUGAAAUUUUUGAAGAGAACUCCAUUUUGGAUGAUGUUUGAUAUACUGAUAAACACAAAAAUUGAACUAUUAUCAUACAUGAAAUAUGAUGAUGUGAUAGCAAAGAUCAUAGAGACAUACAACCUUGCAUCAAAUUCUUUCGAAAUUGGUCCUAAAUUUCUCAAAUUGUCUACACAUGACAUCAAAUUAAUUUUUGGAGUAGACUGCGAAUCUAUGCCAAUGGAAACUUCAUAUGGUUCGAAGCCAACAUUUGGACUUAUCGAGUUUGUUAUCCAUGUUACAUUGAUUAUGUUGAGUCAUAUUAUCGAUAUUCCAACGUUGACAUUCGUGUUUCAAUAUUGGCUGUGUGUGCGUACCAAAAUAGUGGAACCAAUAUUGGAAAAUGCAGCAUCUCGAUUUCUCAAAUGGAAUCUAACAAAACUUCACAAGAAUGUGAAAAUUUUGUCUUUGUCGUCAAUCAAUGAUAAUGAGGUUUAUAAAGAGAAACUCAUACCGACAGACCAUGAAAGCACACUGUUCCUGCAUACAAUAAUUCGGGAUGGGGAGAAUCAAAAAGAUGCACCUCAGAGUAUUAUUCAUCAUGAAGUCAAAAUUGAGAAAGAAAUGGACAUGAGCAUACAAGAGGAUGACAUUGAUGAGACAUACAAUGUAGAGUUGGGCAAUCAACUACAAUUUCAGACUAAUGUGGAUCAUUACGUUAACAUUGUGGAAGAAAUGGGCAUGAGUUCUAACAUACCAGAGGAUGACAUUGAUGUGACAUAUGAUAGAGAAUUUGGCAAUGAAGCACAAUUUCAGAGCAAUGCACAUGAUAAAGCCAAUAUUGAGGAAGGUGCAGAGACUAUUGCAUAUUUACAUUUACUUCAAAGGAAUGAUCCUGAAAAGUUUGUGAACCCCGGAAUCGACCCUCCUAAGGGUGUUCUAUGUUAUGGUCCACCUGGUACCGGUAAGACACUUUUAGCUAGAGCUGUGGCUAAUAGAACUGAUGCGUGUUUCAUCCGUGUUAUUGGAAGUGAACUUGUUAAGAAAUAUGUUGGGGAGGGUGCCCGUCUGGUUCGUGAACUAUUUCAGAUGGCACGUUCCAAAAAAGCUUGUAUCGUGUUUUUUGAUGAACUAGAUGCCAUAGGAAGUGCACGUUUUGAUGAUGGUGUGGGUGGAGACAAUGAGGUUCAGGGCACUAUGCUUGAAAUUGUGAAUCAGCUUGAUGGAUUUGAUGCUCGAGGGAACAUCAAAGUUCUGAUGGCAACAAAUCGACCAGACACUCUAAACCCUUCUGUUACUAGUGGAUCCGUGGUUGGUGCUAUUUGAUUAUAUAGUCCAUCAAAUGUAUCAUCAUGACAGUUUCAGAUUUG